AUGGGCUGUAUGACCUUUGAUGUCAUAGAGCACUUCCUUACCUGGGGGCUUUGCACCCAAACUUCACGCUAUCACUAUAUUUCGAAUAUGCCGCUAAUGGCCUUAGAUGUUGACACGGCAGAAAAAUCAUUCGUAUUCCCUGAGACCAGCAACGCCACCUUCGAGGCGAUGAAGGAAUGGGGAAAGAACAUGGGCAAAGUGAGCAUCCAGUGCAAGGACACCCCGGGCUUCGUUGUGAACCAUCUCCUUGUUCCGUAUCUGUUCGAAGCUAUGGCCAUGGUAGAGCGAGGUGACGCCUUCAAAGAAGAGAUCGACAUAGCCAUGAAACUUGGGACCGGUUAUCCCAUGGGCCCACUUGAGCUGAGUGACUAUGUUGGUCUGGACACACUUAAGUUUAUUGGCGACGGCUGGAUGAGGGAUUACCCAGAGGAGCCCAUGUAUAGAUACCCCAAAAUCCUUGCCAAAUUGGUCGAAGAAGGGAAAAUGGGCGUAAAGUCUGGCCAGGGAUUCUACAACCACAACAAGGAAUGA